CCGAUGAGCUCGUGUAUCCAGUUCGUUGCCCUGAUUCUGCUCAACUUUCCGCAUGCCUUCGGUGAGUGCGACGGAGUCGGAUCAAGGCUCCAGUUGCAACAGAAAAUUGCUGCUCCUCGCCGGAGUAGCUCGGAGUUCGCUCUGUUGCGUUUUUGUGGUUCGUCGUCAUGGCGGGCGGUAGGACACAGAAGAAUAAGGCUCACAAGACACGGUUUGCGUCCAAGUCGUCCCGCAAUGCCCACAAAUUAGCAGCUGGUGAAAAAGUGAUUGGCAAGGGUCCUGCGCGUGUGCCUCUGCCUGGUCAAGCUGCCCGGGAUAUUAGGCUUCAGCGAAACAAAAACAUUCGUGAGCAGAAGAGAGCCGGUGUAUUGGCAGAGAAGCGUGCGACCAGCAGCUCUUCCAGUGCUCCUAGGAUCUUGGCCCUUGUAGGUCUCUCUGCAAAAGCUAAUGUUGAAGCUUUGAAGGAUCGGAUACUUUCAGCAUGCCGCACCGAAGAAGCAAACGGAACAACCGGUCAAAAUGACAAUUCUAUGGACAUGGAUAGUGCUGUUGUACGAGAGAGUAAGGAAACUGGAUCAAUAACUGUUGUCGUUCCCCGCUUCAAGCUUCGCCUUACGAUCAUACAAGCUCCACGAAAUGAUCUUCAAGGAUGUCUUGAAGUUGCGAAGGUGGCAGAUAUUGUUGCAUUUGUUGGCCAUGUUAUGCCAGAGGAGGGUGGUUAUAUUGAUCAGAUAGGAAAGAAAAGUUUGUCUAUGUUGCGAUCACUAGGCCUGCCAGUGACUACAGGACUUUUAGUGGGGCUAGACGAUGUUUCGGCGAAGAAGAAAUCGGAAGUCAAAAAAAGUGCACAAGCAGCCUUGCAAUCUGAGCUUCUAGAAGACACGAAAAUGCAUGUUGCUGAUUCUCAAGAGGAGUGCCAGCAGGUGUUGCGCCACUUAGCAGAGCAGCGACUAUCAAACCCUGCAUGGCGCGCUCAGCGUCCCUUUGUGGUCGGUAAUCAGCUUGAAUACGAGGAAGAUAGUUCUUCUCCAGGAACUGGUAUUUUGCGUUUGGCUGGUUACGUUCGCUCUCGAGCCAUCUCUGUCAAUCAGCUGGUCCAUUUAGCCGGAGUAGGUGAUUUUCAGCUCAAGCAGAUUGACAUGGUGGAGGAUCCAUGUCCUCUGAGGCAGCAGAAGCGACAUACUAGUGGAGACGUUAUGCAAGUGGAAAAUGACCCGGGAGCCCAGAAGGCGAGCUCUUCUGUAGCCGCGAACGCUGCUGUGCAGGAGCCUCUCAUUGUUGAGAAUACCCCUGACGAUCUUGCUGGAGAACAGACUUGGCCAACUGAAGAAGAGCUUGCACAAGCUGGAAAGGCGAAUCGUCGAAAGAAGAAACGUGUGUUACCAAAAGGCACAUCUGAAUACCAGGCUGCAUGGAUUGUGGAAGAUUCUGACCAGGAGGAAGGGGGUGAUGAUGAUGAUGCCAUGGAAGGUGAUGGUUUGGAUGAUCAAGCUAUGGAUGAUGAUAGAGAAGGUAGUGAGAUAAGCGAAGACGAUAGAAAAACAUCUGUUUGGGACGAUGACGAUGACACAAGGAGCGAAAUGAUGGAUGAAGAAAAUCUGACUCUUGAGCAAAGGAAGGCAGAAAUAGAGCGUCUGAAGGCAGCUCAUGCUGCUGAUGAAGAGUUUCCUGACGAGGUGGACACUCCAAGUGAUAUUCCCGCUCGUCAGCGGUUUGCCAAAUACAGGGGUUUGAAGUCUCUUCGGACUUCUCCAUGGGAUCCAAAGGAAUCGUUGCCAUUCGAGUAUGCCAAGAUCUUUGACUUCGAUAACUUUGUUAGAACCCAAAAGACUGUGUUAGCAAAAGCCAAAGAACUGGACUCAUGCACGCAAGAGGGGUGCUUUGCUGCUGGAUGCUACGUGAGGCUACAUGUUCUUAAAGUUCCAGCCUCCAAAGCUGAGCUCUUGUUAAAGUCGUACAAGACGAACCCAGUUGUGGUGUGCGGCCUUUUACAACAUGAAUCCAAGAUGUCAGUUCUGCACUAUAGUAUAAGGAAGAGCGAAGGUUAUACGGAUCCCAUAAAGUCAAAGGAGUUGUUAGUUUUCCACAGUGGCUUUAGGCGACAUCAUACAAGGCCUAUUUUUUCUACUGAUGAUCUUAACAUGGACAAGCAUAAGUUUGAAAGGUUUCUUCAUCCGGGUCGUUUCUCUAUUGCCUCAGUUUUUGCCCCAAUAAGUUUCCCACCUCUCCCACUUAUUGUAUUUAAAGAAUCGGAUCUACCAGAAGGAGUUAGCAUGGUCGCCACUGGUUCUUUACGAAGUGUGGAUCCAGAUAGAAUAAUAUUGAAGAAAAUAGUUCUAUCAGGAUAUCCACUUAGAGUUCAGAAACGAAAAGCAGUUGUCCGUUUCAUGUUCCACAAUCCGGAAGAUGUGCGCUGGUUUAGGCCGUUGGAGCUGUGGACCAAGUAUGGGAGAAGGGGUCGGAUUAAAGAACCUGUGGGCACUCAUGGUUCAAUGAAGUGUGUUUUUGAUGGAGUGGUGCAGCAAAGGGAUGCAGUGUGUGUAAACCUGUACAAACGUGUGUACCCCAAAUGGCCACAGUAAGUAAAGCGGAUUCGAGUACCACAUACUUAUUAUAUUUGUUCCUUCAAAGCGGCAACGCCGCAAUUUGGUUCUUGACCAGCUUCAAUCCAGCAUCCAAAAGGCAUACCUUAUGGUUACUAUGUCAUACUGGAGGUUACAAAUCUCUACUUGCGUCAUGUAGACAAACAGCCGAAUACGAGGUAGUAAUUUUUUAAUACAGAUUAGUUCCAAUCCCUUGAAGCAUGUUUGGAGUGGAAUUUUUGGAGUUGAGAUUUAGAAUCUGCCCGGGAAAAUGGAGGCGCACUGUCUUUGAUGCCUGUGAUGUCAGAUUUUUCACGAAGUGGAGUUGUUUCCUUGCAUGUCCGUCCAAGCAUACAUGCGCUAUGAACUGUAUGAAAUGUGUACUUACAUUCCAAGAUUCUUCUUUGAAGAGGCAUGUAAUUUCUAUGAGCGUUUCGAUUCUUUGGUCAGAACCAGAAACAGCUCAAAAAACUUUUAACUCAUAUUUAGUGGAGAUAAAUUUUCAUCUUCA